CCGGGCAGGCGCUGCCCUCGCUCGGUGCUGGAGGCUCCGCGCUGGGCACCGCUGCCCCGUCCCCGCCGCCGUCCCGGCCAUGCCCCGCUAAGGUCCAUUCCUGGUGAUUGCUGAUGUGUUUAUACAGGAACCAUGGUCAUUCUACGACAGGGGGAUUAUGUGUGGAUGGACCUCAAGACCGGACGGGAAUUCGAUGUCCCCAUUGGAGCGGUGGUUAAGCUGUGUGACUCUGGACAGAUCCAGGUCGUGGAUGAUGAAGGCAAUGAGCACUGGAUUUCCCCACAGAAUGCCAGCCACAUCAAACCCAUGCACCCCACCUCCAUCCACGGGGUGGAGGACAUGAUCCGCCUGGGGGACCUGAACGAGGCAGGGAUCCUCAGGAACCUGCUGAUCCGCUAUCGGGAGCAUCUCAUCUAUACGUACACUGGUUCAAUACUGGUGGCAGUAAACCCCUACCAGCUGCUCCCCAUCUACUCACCUGAGCAGAUUCGCCUCUACACCAACAAGAAGAUUGGUGAGAUGCCCCCACACAUCUUCGCAAUUGCUGACAACUGCUACUUCAACAUGCAGCGCAACAACAAGGACCAGUGCUGUAUCAUCAGUGGUGAAUCCGGAGCAGGGAAGACAGAAAGCACGAAACUGAUUCUGCAGUUCCUGGCAGCAAUCAGUGGUCAGCACUCCUGGAUUGAGCAGCAGGUCCUGGAGGCAAAUCCCAUCUUGGAAGCUUUUGGGAACGCAAAGACCAUCCGUAAUGACAACUCCAGCCGAUUUGGGAAGUACAUCGAUAUCCACUUCAACAAAAGGGGAGCCAUCGAGGGGGCGAAGAUUGAGCAGUACCUGCUGGAGAAGUCRCGGGUGUGCAGGCAGGCCCAGGACGAGAGGAAUUACCACGUGUUCUACUGCAUGCUCAGAGGAAUGACCAUGGAGCAGAAGAAGAAGCUGGGUCUAGGGAAAGCCACAGACUACAACUACCUUGCGAUGGGGAACUGCACGACCUGUGAUGGCAGAGAUGACAGCAAGGAAUACGCCAACAUCCGCUCWGCUAUGAAGGUCCUCAUGUUCACUGACACGGAGAACUGGGAGAUCUCCAAGCUGCUGGCUGCCAUCCUGCACAUGGGCAACCUGCAGUAUGAAGCUCGGACCUAUGACAACCUGGAUGCCUGCGAGGUUGUUCAGUCAGCAUCGCUCAUCACUGCUGCAACUUUGCUGGAGGUUGAGCCUCAGGAUGUGAUGAACUGCCUUACCAGCCGGACUAUAAUCACGAGGGGCGAGACCGUCUCCACCCCUCUCAGCAUGGAGCAAGCGCUGGAUGUGAGGGAUGCUUUUGUAAAGGGAAUUUAUGGGCGACUUUUUGUGUGGAUCGUGGAGAAGAUCAAUGCUGCUAUUUACAGACCUCCUUCCCAGGAACUCAAAAGUAUCAGAAGAUCCAUUGGCCUUCUUGACAUCUUCGGCUUUGAGAACUUCACUGUGAACAGUUUUGAGCAGCUUUGCAUUAACUUUGCAAAYGAAAACCUGCAGCAGUUCUUUGUGCGCCACGUCUUCAAACUGGAGCAGGAGGAGUACAACCUGGAGAACAUCAACUGGCAGCACAUUGAGUUCACAGAUAACCAGGAUGCCUUGGACAUGAUUGCCAUCAAGCCUAUGAACAUCAUCUCCCUCAUUGACGAGGAGAGCAAGUUCCCCAAGGGUACAGAUGGCACCAUGUUAAACAAGCUGAACUCGCAGCACAAGCUUAACACCAACUACAUUCCUCCGAAGAAUAACUAUGAAACCCAGUUUGGCAUUAACCAUUUUGCUGGAAUUGUUUACUACGAAACAAAAGGUUUCUUGGAGAAAAACAGGGACACGCUGCAUGGAGACAUCAUUCAGCUGGUGCAUUCCUCAAAAAACAAAUUCAUCAAGCAGAUCUUCCAAGCAGAUGUGGCGAUGUUUCUCUGUGGCUAUGCAUCCAGCACAAUUGGCCAGGCGCCCUCGCCCACACCCACACCAAAGGGAGCAGAGACGAGGAAGCGCUCACCGACACUCAGCAGCCAGUUCAAGCGCUCCCUGGAGCUGUUGAUGAGGACUCUCAGCGUGUGCCAGCCCUUUUUUGUCCGCUGCAUCAAGCCCAAUGAGUACAAGAAGCCCAUGCUGUUCGAUCGGGAGCUGUGUGUCCGUCAGCUGAGGUACUCGGGGAUGAUGGAGACCAUCCGCAUCCGCCGCGCCGGAUACCCCAUCCGCUACACCUUCGUGGAGUUYGUGGACCGCUACCGGGUGCUCAUGCCAGGGGUGAAGCCAGCCUACAAGCAGGGCGACCUGCGUGGGACAUGCCAGCGCAUUGCUGAAGCGGUGCUGGGGAAGCAUGAUGACUGGCAGAUUGGCAAGACAAAGAUAUUUCUAAAGGACCACCAUGACAUGCUGCUGGAGAUUGAGAGAGACAAGGCCAUCACRGACAAAGUCAUCCUCAUCCAGAAGGUGGUCCGUGGCUAUAAAGACAGGUCCAAUUUCCUGAAAGUGAGAAAUUCAGUGCUGAUGAUUCAGAGAUAYUGGCGUGGACAUAACUGCAGGAAGAACUACGGUGCUAUGCGGAUUGGCUUCCUGAGGCUGCAGGCCCUCUACCGAUCCCGCAAGCUCCACAAGCAGUACCACAUGGCUCGCCGGCGCAUCAUCGAGUUUCAGGCACGAUGCCGGGGCUACCUGGUCCGGAGGGCAUUCCGCCACCGCCUCUGGGCCGUGCUCACCGUCCAGGCCUACGCCCGGGGCAUGAUCGCCCGAAGGCUCUACAAGCGCCUCCGCGGGGAAUAUUAUCGACGCCUGGAAGCAGAGAAACUUCGGCUGGCAGAAGAGGAGCGCCUUCGAAAGGAGAUGAGUGCCAAGAAAGCCAAAGAGGAAGCAGAAAAGAAACACCAAGUGCGCCUGGCCCAGCUGGCACGGGAGGAUGCAGAGAGAGAAGUAAAGGAGAAAGAGGAAGCACGCCGGAAGAAAGAGCUCUUAGAAAAAAUGGAGAAAGCUCGCAAUGAGCCAGUGAACGACUCAGAAAUGGUGGACAAAAUGUUCGGAUUCCUGGGGACAACCUCAUCCCUGCCUGGCCAGGAAGGACAAGCACCCAAUGGCUUUGAGGACCUUGAGCAAGCCCAGAAGGAGCUGGAGGAAGAGGACCUCGAUGCAGCACUGCCUCUCCCUGAGGAGGAGGAGGAAGAUCUCUCAGAGUACAAAUUUGCCAAGUUUGCUGCCACGUACUUCCAGGGCACAACAACACACACAUACAUCCGCCGGCCGCUCAAGCAACCUCUCUUGUACCAUGAAGAUGAAGGAGACCAGUUGGCAGCACUUGCCGUGUGGAUCACUAUCCUGCGUUUCAUGGGAGACCUCCCUGAGCCGAAAUAUCACACAGCCAUGAGUGAUGGAGGAGAGAAGAUACCAGUAAUGACAAAAAUCUAUGAGACUCUUGGGAAGAAGACUUAUAAGAAAGAACUUCAGGCUCUGCAGGGAGAAGGAGAGAGUACUCACAUUGAUGGGCACAAAAAGAACAGUGUGCGGCACAAACUGGUCUCCUUAACACUCAAGAAGAAAUCCAAACUGACAGAGGAGGUGACAAAGAGACUUCAYGAUGGAGAGUCUACGCUGCAGGGUAAUAGCAUGCUCGAAGACCGACCCACUUCCAACCUGGAGAAGCUCCAUUUCAUUAUUGGGAAUGGCAUCCUCAGGCCAGCCUUAAGGGAUGAAAUAUAUUGUCAAAUCUGCAAACAGCUGACCCAGAACCCAUCCAAAAGCAGUCAUGCCAGGGGUUGGAUCCUGAUGUCCCUCUGCGUGGGAUGUUUUGCUCCUUCUGAGAAGUUUGUGAAGUAUUUAAGGAACUUCAUCAACGGAGGCCCCCCAGGUUAUGCUCCCUAUUGUGAAGAGAGGCUGAGGAGGACGUUUGCCAAYGGGACAAGGACACAGCCACCCAGCUGGCUGGAGCUGCAGGCUACCAAGUCCAAGAAGCCRAUCAUGCUGCCUGUCACAUUUAUGGAUGGGACAACGAAGACACUGUUGACCGACUCUGCAACAACUGCUAAAGAGCUCUGUAAUUCUUUGGCUGACAAAAUCAGCCUGAAGGACCGAUUCGGCUUUUCACUCUACAUUGCACUUUUUGACAAGGUGUCGUCGCUGGGGAGUGGCAAUGACCACGUGAUGGAUGCUGUGUCCCAGUGCGAGCAGUACGCCAAGGAGCAGGGAGCGCAGGAGCGCAACGCGCCGUGGAGGCUYUUCUUCAGGAAGGAGAUCUUCACUCCCUGGCACAACCCGAGCGAGGACAACGUGGCCACCAAUCUCAUCUACCAACAGAUCGUGCGAGGGGUGAAGUUUGGGGAGUACCGGUGUGACAAGGAGGAAGAUCUGGCAGAACUGGCUUCCGAGCAGUACUACGUGGACUAUGGGUCAGAGAUGGUGCUGGAAAGGYUGCUAAAUCUAAUUCCAUCCUACAUUCCGGACAGAGAGAUCACAGCUUCAAAAACAGUGGARAAAUGGGCUCAGCUCAUUAUCGCUGCACAUAAAAAGGGAAUUUAUACUCAGAAGAGGACAGACCCAAAAAAGGUCAAGGAAGAGGUAGUGGAUUUUGCACGUUUCAAGUGGCCUUUGCUGUUUUCUCGGUUUUAUGAAGCCUUCAAAUUCUCAGGGCCAAGCCUGCCUAAAAAUGAUGUGAUUGUAGCUGUCAACUGGACAGGGGUGUACUUUGUGGAUGAACAGGAGCAGGUUCUCUUAGAGCUCUCUUUCCCAGAGAUCACAGCUGUGUCAAGCAGCAGAGGAGGAAAGCUGCAAGGGCAGAGUUUCACCCUGGCCACCAUUAAAGGUGAUGAAUACACUUUCACCUCCAACAAUGCAGAGGAUAUCCGGGACCUGGUGGUGACCUUCCUUGAAGGACUAAGGAAACGAUCCAAGUAUGUGGUCACUCUCCAAGACAACCCAAACCCAGUGGGAGAAGAAUCUGGGUUCCUCAGCUUCCUUAAAGGAGACCUGAUAGUUCUGGACCAGGACACAGGAGAACAAGUGAUGAACUCAGGGUGGGCUAAUGGGUUCAACGAACGGACCAAGCAGAGAGGGGAUUUCCCAACUGAUUCCGUCUAUGUCUUGCCUACAGUCACCAUGCCUCCACUGGAGAUUGUGGCCCUGGUCACAAUGACCCCUGACCAACGACAAGAUGUUAUCAGAACCUCUCAGAUGGCAAUUUCAGACAGUGAAGAGAGAGUAAAGCCAUACACCUUGGAGGAAUUUUCCUAUGAUUAUUUUAGACCACCUCCAAAGCACACCCUCAGCCGGGUCAUGAUCACCAAGAGCCGUGGAAAGGACAAGCUGUGGUGUUACACCCGUGAGCCCAUCAAACAGCCGCUGCUGAAAAAGAUCCUGGGCAGCGAGGAGCUGUCCCAAGAAGCCUGUAUGGCCUUUAUUGCAGUGCUGAAAUACAUGGGUGACUACCCAUCCAAAAGGACCCGCUCAGUCAAUGAGCUGACMGACCAAAUAUUUGAAGGUGCCUUGAAAGCCGAACCCCUGAAGGAUGAAAUCUAUUGCCAGACCCUCAAGCAGCUCACAGACAACCACAUCAAAUACAGUGAAGAGAAAGGCUGGGAGCUGUUGUGGUUGUGUACAGGCCUUUUCCCUCCGAGUAACAUCCUUUUGCCCCAUGUCCAGAGGUUCCUACAGUCCCGGAAACAUCACCCCUUGGCAGCAGACUGCAUCCAGAGACUCCAGAAAGCCUUGAGGAAUGGAUCCAGGAAAUACCCACCCCAUCUGGUAGAAGUGGAAGCCAUUCAACACAAAACGACCCAAAUUUUCCACAAGGUUUACUUCCCUGAUGACACCGAUGAGGCAUUUGAGGUGGAAUCCAGCACGAAAGCCAAGGACUUCUGCCAGAACAUCUCCAACAGGCUGCUCCUGAAGUCCUCUGAGGGCUUCAGUCUCUUCGUCAAAAUCUCUGACAAGGUCAUCAGCGUGCCGGAGGGAGAUUUCUUCUUUGACUUUGUGAGACAUCUGACAGACUGGAUAAAGAAAGCAAGACCAGCAAAAGAUGGUAUAGUGCCUUCCCUCACCUACCAAGUGUUCUUCAUGAAAAAACUGUGGACCAACACAACUCCUGGAAAAGACUCGAUGGCAGACUCGAUCUUCCACUAUUACCAGGAGUUACCAAAGUACCURCGUGGCUACCACAAGUGCUCACGGGAAGAGGUCCUGCAGCUGGCRGCUCUCAUCUACCGGGUCAAGUUUGAGGAUGACAAGUCCUAUUUCCCCAGCAUCCCCAAGCUCCUGAAGGAACUGGUGCCUCAGGACCUCAUCCGACAGAUCUCYCCAGAUGACUGGAAAAGGUCCAUCGUGGCGUACUAUAACAAACAUGCGGGCAAAACAAGAGAAGAAGCCAAGCUUGCCUUUUUAAAGAUUAUCUUCAAGUGGCCUACAUUUGGAUCAGCAUUUUUUGAAGUGAAGCAAACUACAGAGCCAAAUUAUCCAGAAAUCCUUCUAAUUGCCAUCAAUAAGCAUGGAGUCAGCCUCAUUGAUCCCAAAACCAAGGAUAUUCUCAUCACUCACCCCUUCACCAAGAUCUCCAACUGGAGCAGUGGCAACACGUACUUCCACAUAACCAUUGGCAACUUGGUGAGAGGAAGCAAGCUGCUCUGUGAGACCUCCCUGGGGUACAAGAUGGAUGAUCUUUUGACCUCGUACAUCAGCCAGAUGCUAACAGCCAUGAGCAAACAGAGGAGUGCAAAGGGUAGCAAGUGAACUGCAAGAAGCCACUGGCACGUGGUCAUGGGGCUGAUUUACCAGCUGAGGGCUGUGGGAUACCCGUGCAGCUGGGCAAGAAACUUUGCCUCCCAGAUGUGGAAGAUGAGCCGAACACCAUCAGGGAGUUCACUGGACUCUGACCUUGAGGGCUCCAAUCCCACCUCCCCUUCCAGCGAAGAUGACUAUCUCUGACCUCCCAUUCACCUUCCUCACCUUGCAUCCCAACUCCAUCCUACACCUCAAAGAUUUCCAGGGGACACCACUGCUCUCAGAGACUGACCAAGGCAAAGACGCUCCAGCAGGAGAUCUGCCUGCACUCCAUGGUUGGCAUCACAAAGGCUCUUGGACGAGGAUUUGUGUGUGUGUGUGUGUGUGUGUGCGUGUGUGGCUUGCUUUGUUUUCAUUUGUUGUUUUUUUUUUCUUUAAUAUGAGAGCUGUUAGGAUGCUAACACAUUUUUGGUGAAGUUCUGGGAAUUUCAGGUUUGAAGAGGAAUAACAGAGCCCUGACCCGUGCUGGAAAGAYGUCCAAUGAACACUGCAGAGCUUGKUUUUUUUGUCAGUACAAAAGAAUACACUGUGUUCUUCAGGAUACAAGGAAAAAGCAGGCUGGGAGGAGCACAUUUUAACUAGGAAUCAGAAUAAACAAAUUACUGAUUGAACAGGCUAGAGUACUAAAGUGCUAUCUGUGCAAUGCUGGAAAUAUUUAAAGAACAAAUUUUAAAGUUUUGUUUCUUCUUCUAUUUAUUUUUUAAAAUAUUAAAAAGGAAAAAAAAAUCCUGCAUUUUGUGCCGGUAUCUGGAUGCUGACUUGGGGCUGAGGGCAACCUGCAGAACAAUCCCUUGCCCUGGGACUCCCCAAGAGCCAUGACUGCCAGUGGUGAAGUAAGGCACAUUUUUCCCAACUUAAGGRCUCAGCUGGAAGGGAAGCUUGGAAAAUGAAUUCACUCCUUCUUCUCCCUGUGUCCAGAAAAAUUAACCUUGGGAGGACUUUUAUUGYAGGCUUCAAUAUGGCUGUAGGGGUUUUGAACACCCAAUGCUUGGAAGGCUGAGGCCAAGCCUAUGUUGAGCUGUAAUUCAACGUGAACUUGGCCAUUGGGUUUGUACCAGCUGAUGAUUUCAUUGUGCUUUGUGUGUGUGCUCCUGUAUAAAGCAGCUCUUCAUGAGUCCCACCUGGACCUGAAUCACUCACAGCAAGGGCAGGUCCUUGAUUUCAGUGGGCUUUUCUCCMUCUUUGGCUGUACUCAUCUGCUGGUUGUUCGUCUCAUCUGCCACCCAAUGCCACACAAUGCGGAGCAGCCUGCUUUGGAGCAGAGAUGAGACCUGCUGGCAGAGAGGAGGCUGAAACCGUGUUGUGUUUGGGAGAAUGAAGGGGUGCCUUUCCAAAAUCCAGGCUUCAAAGGAGCACAUGGUUGGGUGUGGGGUAUUAGGAGAGGUGACAAUUGUCCACCAAGAUCUGGUGUUGGUGUCACUAACACUGAGUGGAUCUCAGUAGUUGUUGAGACCUCUCUUGGUCCUGUGCAUUGUGCUGGGUUUGACUGCUUUUGUACAAGUCCAUAUUGUGGGGUGUCACAUGCUGCUCUGUCAAGCUCAGCUGAGUUCAGGUCUUUGACACCACUGUGUGCCAGGCAGAAUUGGCAUUGCUGCCUACCAGACCUCAAGGAUUGUGACAUACAAGUGGGAUGCAGCAGUGACUUAGGAUUUUGGUUGCUCCUUCAAUGUGAGUGAGAUCU